UUAGAUCCCAGCCAGAGCUCCCAUAUACAGUAACUCCAUUUAUCCGCCUCCCAGCACCCUUUCAUUUCAUCUGCUGAUCGCUCCUCGCCUCGGAAAGGGUGAAUUCCUAAUUCUUUUAGCAGGGGAAUGAAUCAUAAAGCAGAUCUGCUCUGCUGCUGCGUGAUCUGGGACAGAAUCCGCCUGAUUUUAUUACUCUUCGGUGUACACAGGCAGCUGCAGCUCUUAGUACAUUGCGUGAAGGUCUAGUUAUGAGAAAUCAGCAGACUUCAAUAUUCAAAGUGAACGUUUUCUCCGCUCAGAUAGAACCUUUGUGUGGAGAUUCAGAGGCAAGUUCUCCAUCCUUCCAUAAAGCAACAAGUGAUAGGAAGAAAGCCAGUAUGUGUAUCACCGCAUCAAACAGAGAAGGUGACAAAGGCAACACUCGCCAUGUACCUUCCAAGCCCUCCGGAGGUCCUGGGCAGAGCUGCUCCGAGUGCCAGCAAGACCCCUGCAAAGAUAAAUUAAUGCUUCCACACCCAUUAUUGAUGCUGGAAAAGAAAGAACGGCCGUUUAAGAGACACGCAUCAGAUCUGGUCCUGAAUGCUGAGUAUGGUAUCUGCAUGUAUCCCGAGAAAAGAGUACGAUCCUCUUCAUUCACCUUCCAGCCGUCCUACUCUCCACCCCACAAAGGUAAUGGCGUUUCGGAGAAGCGUGUGCGUUCCUGCUCCUUCACUAUGCAGCCUGCAUUUCCACCAUCGCAACCAGCAUUAAAGAACAAUGUGUUCAUGCCUUCAUCUCUUCUGCAAGAACAUCAGAAGAAAAGCACAACCAGUCCAGAGUCUUUGCAACCCUGGAAUGUGAUUAAACCAGCAACACUGCAGCCCCCAAAAGUCUCCCUUUGUCAGAAUGAGAAACCAGACAUGGCUGGAAACGAGUUAACGUCAGACCAAGCCAAACACAAGCUGGAGAAAUGCAAUAUGGCAACAGAAAAUGCCAGCAAAUCAAAAAAUGGUAUCGGGCCUACGUGUAUUUUGGACAUAAAGAACAGAAGUCAGCCAUUUGCACAGUUGUCGGACAGAAACACGUGUGAUUUUGUCUUUGGAGUGGACAUAGAGAAGAGAGUCAUGAGUGCGCAGAGACCUGAGCUGAGUGCGUUCCAGAGCAAGUGGGAAGACACCUCCUCGCGACUACACCUAUCUCUCAGGAGUUGUCCUUAUCAGAAACCUUGUCCUGAUAACAGCAGAAGCCUUGUGGAAUCUGCUGCAGCGUAUUCAUCCAGACCCAGCGUAAAGUAUGAGUUGGACCAGGUGGAGAUCAUAACAGGGGAAGAAUCCGAGCGCAAUGUGUUGCAGAUGAUCUGCAAGCUUUUCGUGCUAAAUAUAGCCACCCAAACAUGGACCGAACGUGGCAGGGGAUACCUUCGACUCAAUGACAUGGGCUACAACGACAAUGGGAUGUUCAGAUCCCGAAUAGUGAUGCGAAAUUACGGCAGCCUGAAACUCAUCUUCAACAGUAUGAUCUUCGACCAGAUGAAGUUAGAGCGAGCCAACAGGAAGAGCCUGCGUAUCACCGCCACCGACCUGAUGGACAACAGCAUAAAGGUGUUCCUGAUACAGGCCAGCGUGAAGGAUGCAGGACGUCUGCACGCCGCCAUCCACCACCGACUUGUCGCUUUGCGCAGCUACAGAGAUAGAGAGCAGCAGCUGCGAUCAACAGAAUCAGAGGCUGAUACAAAUGUAUACCAGCCGAACAGUGACAGCGAAGAUGAAGACGAAGAUGAAAUGACUAUGUUUCCCAGCAACAUCUCUGACCACCACCAGUGGAUCCGCAGACAGCCCGUCCUCUAUUCCUGACAAUCAGCUCACGCGUUAAGCCGGUUCCGGACGUGCUGCGUAGUGAC